CUGAGAUUUCGUCCGAUCCGUAGAUCUAACAAGAUCUAACAGAGAUGACUGAUAUUUGGUACAUAAAUCCUCAGAUGCGCGAACUUUCAAUCUGGACGUCUUAACUUGAGGUGCUAGAUUAGGAGCCUGAUGUCAGUCCAGGAGUCAAUUGUCAGACAGGUCGAGAACGACAGCGAUGAGCUCUUUGACAGAUGUCUGAAGGUCCUCCUCGAGGCAUUCUCAACACAUCCUUUGCUGCUCAUGAGGAAUGGCCAUGAUCAAGAGCUGAUCGAGCUAGAUAUAGCGCAGGGCUUUGCUGGGUCCUUCGCCAAAAAGCUAGUCUAUGUGACUGGUCACGAUGAUCAGGAUAUCUCAGCAGUAAUGGGUAUAAUGCUUCCUGUUCCUCCCAAAAAGGAGCCAGAGGAGCAAGACAAGAAGGAGGAAGCUAUCACCAAUCCUGUCGUCAUACCAGCUGUGGAUGAUCGAGAAGCGCGACUGAAGAAAGAGUAUGAGGCAAAAUGGCCAGAACACCUCAAGAAGUUCAUCGAGACCGAAUUUACCGACCGUUUCAAGGAGCUCAAGGCCGCCAUAGGGGAUGAGAUAUGGACCAACAGCCAUAAAGUUGCCAUGGUUGGGACUUCGCCGUCCGCUCGAGGGAAGGGAUAUGGUUCAGCCUUGAUGCGCAAAGUGAUGGACUUAGCGGCGGAGAAAGGAAGCUGGGUCCUUCUUGUCUGCUGGACGCAAGAGACUGCCGACUGGUAUCUGUCUCUGGGGAUGAAGAUCGAAUAUGAAUGCGAUUUCCCAACGGUGGAUCAGAGCAAACUGCAUGCUUGGUAUUUCACUUGGAAGGCACAAUGAUGUAUGCAUAUAUGAGGUCGU